UUUCAACAGUCCAAUUAUCCACACAAGCGCACGUAGAGUUUGUCGACGUCGUCAUUUUUCUUCUUCGCUCUUUGCGCGGGGAUGAGAAACGUCAUGCAGUGACAAGGAGCUGAUAUAGAGAGAAGGCACGCAGAGAGAGCGAAAAAGAUGUCUUCUUUCUUCAAAUCAUUUGCUGGAAAUCCCAGGGAAGCAGCUGCAAUGGCGAUGGUGCAGUCUUCUUCUUACAGAAUUUUGUCGUAUAAAACCUGCUCAAAUUUAAGGAGAACCACCCCGUCGAAUGGCUUUCUUUCCAAGGGAAGGUCCUCCACCAAGGUCUUUUCCUUUCUUUAUGUCUCACAAUAUUCAACUCAACCAAACAAUGAGUUUGGUCAUUCAUCAAAACGAAGGUCUCGGGGACCUGUUAUGGCAGCGAAGAAGGCAGCUGAAGGAGAAAAGCAAGAGGACGGAAAGUACAAACACACGGUUGAUUUGCCAAAGACCGGGUUUGGUAUGAGAGCAAAUUCGUUGGUGAGGGAACCUGAAAUCCAGAAGUUGUGGGAUGAUAACCAGGUUUUCAAGAGAGUUUCUGACAAAAAUAAUGGAGGAAGUUUCAUUCUUCAUGAUGGACCUCCCUAUGCCAAUGGUGACUUGCACAUGGGCCAUGCUCUAAAUAAGAUACUUAAGGAUAUAAUUAACCGCUAUAAGCUGCUCCAAAACUAUAGAGUUCAGUAUGUUCCUGGUUGGGAUUGUCAUGGUCUGCCGAUUGAGUUGAAAGUUCUGCAGUCGCUGGACCAGGAAUCAAGGAAGGAACUGACACCAGUAAAAUUAAGGGCAAAAGCUGCCAAGUUUGCCAAAUCAACCGUCAAAACACAAAUGGCAUCAUUUAAGAGAUAUGGAGUAUGGGCUGAUUGGAAUAAUCCUUAUUUAACUCUUGACCCAGAAUAUGAAGCUGCCCAGAUUGAAGUGUUUGGCCAGAUGGCCUUGCAAGGGUACAUCUAUAGAGGAAGGAAACCAGUUCACUGGAGUCCUUCUUCUCGCACUGCUCUUGCUGAAGCUGAACUAGAGUACCCAGAGGGUCAUGUUUCGAGAAGCAUAUAUGUUCUUUUCAAAUUGGUGAGUGGGGCAAAAACUGGCUUGUUAGAAGAAUUUUUCCCUAAUUUAAGUGUGGCAAUAUGGACAACUACACCUUGGACUGUUCCAGCCAAUGCUGCUGUUGCGGUGAAUGCUAAGCUUCAGUACUCGGUUGUUGAGGUGCAGUCAUACACAGAAGAUGACUCCGCCUUGAAGGGCAGUAAAAAGAAAAGGCUUGGGAAUGUUCUGAAAAAUCAACAAACGUUAUUCCUGAUUGUAGCGACCGACCUUGUGCCCGCACUAGAAGCAAAAUGGGGCGUGAAGCUUAUCAUAAAUAAAACUUUCCUGGGUUCAGAUCUUGAAAACUGCAGGUAUGCACAUCCGAUAGACAAUAAAGAAUGUCCAGUUGUUAUAGGAGGAGAUUACAUUACGACAGAGUCAGGAACGGGUUUGGUCCACACUGCCCCUGGCCAUGGGCAGGAGGAUUAUGCAACUGGCCUUAAGUAUGGGCUAUCUGUAUUUUCUCCCGUAGAUGAUGAAGGAAAGUUCACUGAAGAAGCUGGACAGUUUAGUGGGCUCUCUGUCCUUGCGGAAGGGAAUAGUGCUGUCGUCGAUUACCUGGAUGAGAAAUUGUCUCUGGUCAUGGAGGAAUCAUACGCUCAUAAGUACCCAUAUGACUGGCGAACUAAGAAGCCUACAAUUUUUAGAGCGACCGAGCAGUGGUUUGCAUCGGUUGAAGGGUUCCGCGGGGCUACUAUGGAUGCAAUUAGUAAUGUGAAAUGGAUACCACCUCAGGCCGAAAACAGGAUUUCUGCCAUGACGUCCAGUCGCUCUGAUUGGUGCAUCUCGAGGCAAAGGACAUGGGGUGUCCCUAUUCCUGUCUUUUAUCAUGUCAAGACAAAAGAACCCCUCAUGAAUGAAGAGACAAUUGACCAUGUUAAGUCUAUAAUUUCUCAAAAGGGUAGUGAUGCAUGGUGGUACAUGUCAGUUGAAGACCUACUUCCUGAGAAAUAUCGUGAUAAAGCAGCUGAUUAUGAAAAAGGGACUGAUACAAUGGAUGUCUGGUUUGACUCAGGUUCCUCUUGGGCUGGUGUGUUGGGAAAACGAGACGGCCUUAGUUUCCCUGCAGAUGUGUAUCUAGAAGGCACAGAUCAGCAUCGUGGAUGGUUCCAAAGUUCCUUGUUAACAAGCAUCGCAACAAAAGGAAAGGCCCCUUAUUCUGCUGUUAUAACUCAUGGAUUUGUACUGGAUGAGAAGGGUAUGAAGAUGAGCAAGUCCUUGGGUAACGUGGUUGACCCACGCAUGGUCAUUGAAGGAGGGAAAAAUUCAAAGGAUGCGCCUGCAUAUGGAGCCGAUGUCCUGCGUCUCUGGGUUUCUAGUGUUGAUUAUGCUGGAGAUGUACUGAUAGGUCCUCAAAUUCUUCGGCAAAUGUCAGAUAUAUAUAGAAAAUUAAGAGGAACCUUAAGAUAUCUCCUUGGAAAUCUGCAUGACUGGAAAGCGGAUAAUGCUGUUCCAUACCACAGCUUGCCAAUAAUUGACCAGCACGCUCUCUUCCAGCUCGAGAAUGUUGUAAAGAACAUAAAAGAGUGCUACGAUAACUACCAGUUUUUCAGAAUAUUCCAGAUCAUUCAACGGUUCAUAAUAGUUGAUCUAUCAAAUUUCUACUUUGAUGUAGCCAAAGAUAGAUUGUAUACUGGGGGUACUUCGAGUUUUACCAGAAGAAGCUGUCAGACAGUACUUUCUGCACAUCUUCUAUCCAUCUUGAGAGUCAUCGCUCCUAUACUGCCUCAUCUAGCUGAAGAUGUUUGGCAGAAUCUCCCAUUUGAGUAUAGAAAUGAAGAUGGAUCUGCAGCAAAAUUUGUUUUUGAACUAAAAUGGCCAUCGUUGAAUGAACAGUUGCUCUCGUUUCCUGUUGAAGAGAGUCAUUUCUGGGAAAAAAUUCUCGAGUUGAGAACUGAGGUGAAUAAAGUACUGGAGCUUGCACGUAAUGGGAAGCUGAUAGGUUCAAGCUUAGAAGCAAAGGUUUAUCUAUGCACAGAGGAUGCAGUCAUGGCUUCAAAACUACGAGAGAUGUGUGCAGCAGAAAACGAGGCCGACACACUUCAACGGAUAUUCAUAACAUCACAGGUGGAGGUACUGUCACCAACGGAGAAGGAGAAAGCAGAUGCGGAAUACAAAGGAGAAUAUGUUGAAGAAGGAAACAACAGAGUGUGGAUAGGAGUGUCUCGAGCCGAAGGCUCCAAGUGUGAGAGAUGUUGGAAUUACUCUUCAAAGGUUGGCUCGUUUCCCGACCACCCUUCCCUCUGCUUCCGCUGCUACAAAGUCAUUGUCGCUCUUCCUCCCCCCGAGCCUGCCGUCGCAGCCGUUUAACUGAGAUUGUUCCCAUUUCUUUGUCUCAAAGGACAAUGCCAUUCAUGUACCAUUCAUGUAACACGAUGUUCUUUGUCGAUUUGUUACAAAACAGGGACCGGAUUUUACUUGUUUCAAUAACGUGAAAGUGAAAAUUUUUAACUUUUUCAGGAAUGUAAAAGUGAAAUUUUUGACAA